AUGAGCCACACGGGGGUGGAAGUGCGAGUAGGAGCGGGACCUUCUUUCGCCGCCCAGCUGGUUCCCUUUCCCUUCCCCUCGUUCUCCACGCCCUCUUCCGCCUUUCCUCUAACAUGAUUGAAGGUCGUGACUCCGCGGGACCCUCGGGAGUCAAUCCACCCCCACAGACAAUAUGGGUGAAGAGGAAGGAGUCCCUGCCGGGGUCUACGCAUCUCCCUGGCAGGAAUGCGCUCGAAAUCUCUUAUUCCGAUGUCCACUACUGGGUCCGUGAUGAAGGAAAAGGGAUGAAGGAGAUCCUGAAGGGUCUGGACGGGCGGAUGAAGUCCGGGGAGCUGACGGCCGUCAUGGGACCGAGCGGAUCGGGGAAGAGCAGCCUCAUGAACAUCCUCGCCGGAUAUAGGCAGAAGGACGUGACCGGAAAAAUAGAGGUGAACGGCCGAGAAAGGAACCUGAGAGUGUUUCGUCACCAAAGCAGCUACAUCCCUCAGGAGGACCAAGUGGUCCCCACGCUCACAGUCAUGGAAUCAAUGCUCUUCGCCGCCGGCCUCAAACUCUCCAGCUCCUUGUCUUUCAGAGACAAAUACACCGCUGUCGUGGCGAUCCUACAACAUCUAGGGAUGCAGGACUGUGCAAGGACAAGGGCAUCGUGUCUGUCGGGUGGAGAGAGGAAGCGGCUCUGCAUCGCCCUCGAGCUCCUCGCCGACCCUCAAAUCCUCUUCCUCGACGAACCCACCAGGAGGAUUCUUCAUGAAACCGACGAGAUGUUCGAUCAUCUGAUUCUCCUCGCCGAUGGCCGCUGUCUUUACCACGGCACCAUCUCCUCGCUGGUGCCCUACUUUCGCCAGUUCGGCCUUCAUUGCCCUCCAUAUCACAAUCCUGCAGACUUUGGUAUGCACCUUUUUUUUGAUGUGCUGAGGUUGGCUAAAUCUAACUUGAUAGAAGUGGCAGCAGGCUUCUAUGGGAGAGAAGCAAUGACGGUCCUAUCGGAUGCAGCCAAAGCGGAAGUGGCACUGCCCGUCGGGCAGGAGGAUCCUGAUCCCCACACGCCCUCCAACUCCGACAGGAAGUCUUCUAAUGCUUCUCAUGAGAAGUGGGGAAAGGUGAAGGAUAUGCUGGAGACGAGGAAGGAGGUGGUCGACGAUGACACGGCCGACUACUCCGUGUCGUUCAAGACUCAGGUGCAGUAUUUGUAUCUGCGAUGUCUCAAGACGACAAGCAGGGAUCUGUGGCUGCUGUACGUUCGAGUCGCGGCUCACGUCAUGGUCGGUCUUUUCAUGGGGAUCUUCUUCUUUGGCAAGGGCGACGAUGCCUCGAGCGUGUACCACAACGUCAGUUCGCUCUUCUUCACCAUCCUUUUCGUCGUCUUCGCCGCUAUGAUGCCUACCGUUGUGACGUAUCCAUUGGAGGUCCCUGUGUUGCUCAAAGAGAUUCUCAACAAGUGGUACUCUCUCAAGGCAUACUAUGUGGCCAAGACGAUGGCGGAUGUCCCCUUCUCCGUUUUUUGUACUCUCGUAUAUCUGGUGAUCGUCUACUACAUGACUGCACAGCCAAUGGACUUUCAUAGAUUUUUUCGUUAUCUUGUCAUCAGCGUAUUCGUCUCCGUUCUUGCUCAGUCUCUGGGACUGUUGAUUGGGACUCUCUUCCCCAUCCAGGCGGCGGUUUUCGUGGGUCCAGCGUUCAUAGCGCCUUUCCUCCUGUUCUCGGGGUUCUUCCUGAGCGUGAAGGCUAUACCAAAAUACAUGCGCUGGGUUUCCAACCUCUCCUUCCUCAAAUACUACUUCGAAGGGACGAUGGUGUGCAUCUACGGCUACAACCGAUCUGACCUCCUGUGCAAUCAGCCCUUUUGGACGAUGGUGUGCAUCUACGGCUACAACCGAUCUGACCUCCUGUGCAAUCAGCCCUUUUGUCAGUUCAAGGAUCCUGACAAAUUUUUGCGGGAGUUGGACUUGGAGGAGAACGUGUACUGGAUCGAUUUCUGGGUUCUCGUUCUUUACAACGUCGUCCUGCGUUUUGUGUCUUACUUUGUCCUUCGAUGGAAGCUUCAUCACUCUCUGUGA